GAAGCCAGGCCUCCGUCACAAGUCACAGCUAACCUCGACGUCCCGAUCGGCCACCGCGCCUGCGCCGCGGCGCCGCCAUCGCAUGGAGAUGGAGUUGCUCACCACAGCGAAGAAUAGGAGGCUGGAACUGGAAGAGCGCCUCGCCGUCGCCGACCGGAUCAGCAGCCUCCCCGACGGCGUUCUCGGCGACAUCGUCUCUCUUCUCCCCACCAAAGAAGGCGCCCGCACGAAGGUGCUCUCCUCCCGCUGGCGCCGCCUAUGGCGCUCCGCUCCUCUCAACCUCGAGGGCUACGUCCAUGGCGUCCCUGAAGGCAGGGAGAUCUCCCGCAUCCUCUCCUCGCACCCAGGCCCCGCCCGCCGCUUCUCUGUCUCUUAUUACGGCGACUACCACUCUUUCUUCGCCGCGGAUCUGGGCGGCUGGCUUCAGUCCUCCGCCCUCCACAAGCUGCAGGAGCUCCAGCUCCACCAAGUGAUUCGAGUUCCAGAAUCAGCACUACACCGCUUCUCGUCCACCCUUCGUGUCGCCACCUUCAGCAGCUGCAUUUUCAAGGACGGCAAAAAUGGCAGUGCUGCGCUUCAGUUUCCGCUUCUCACGCAGCUGAGCCUUGUGAAUGUCGUCAUCUCGGAGAGCUACCUCCAUGCCUUGCUCGCCGCCUGCCCUGCCCUGCAGAGCUUGUUCAUACGUUGUGACCAGGAAUUGUGCCCAGUGCAGAUCGUGUCACCUAGCAUCAUAAGCAUCGGUGUGCAUUCUGGCUGGAGAAACUUUAAGAAGGUACAACAGCUCGUCAUCAAGGAUGCUCCAUGUCUAGAAAGAUUGUUACUUCUCGGAGGAACUAAGAUCGCCGUGUCGGUAAUCUCUGCGCCAAGAUUGCAUAUUUUGGGGAAACUCCGUAAUACUAAUUUCCCCAGGUUUCACUUUGGCACUUCAACAGUUCAGGGACCAAAUAUUAUUGCUACCAUGACGGCGGUGGUGAGCAGUGUGAAGGUUCUAGCAUUAUCUAAUGUGAAACUCUGUCUGAAUGCGGUUAUUAACUUAAUGAAGUGCUUUCCUCACUUGGACAAGUUGUACAUCCAGAUAACAAGUCAUGAGGAGGAAACUUGGUUUAGAUACCAGGAAAACAUUAUCGCCCUAGACAUCCGUCUAAGGAAAAUUGUGCUAGCAAACUAUCGAGGCUACAAGUCACAGGUUAUGUUGGCCAAGUUCUUUAUAUCAAGAGCAAGAGUGCUGGAGUUAAUGAGGUUUGAGUCAGUAUUUCCAAGCGUUAGAUACAAAUGGAUUGAAAGGCAACGUAGUCUGCUGGAGGUCGAAAAGAGGGCUUCGAUGGGUGCACAAUUCGAUUUUGUAUCCAGAAACAUCUUUAUUGGGUCAUGCAGCCGAGAUGCGGAAGUAGUACAUGAUUUGUCAAUAACGGACCCCUUCCAAAGGAUUCAUCGUUAAGUCUGAUGGCACAAAUGAAAAAUAUUUUAUUUUUAGCGAAGAAUGGAUGUCUUUUUAUUAUAAGAAGCAAAUAAGUAUUUGAAUUCAAGACACUAGAAAAGAAACCGCUGAGUUGUUUCUACCUAAGUUUACUCAUGGAUCAACAUCCUUUUGGCUUCAAAUUUGGUGCAUAUAUGCUGACCAUCCAUUCAGGUACACCUUAUGCAUGGCAAACUGGCAGUUGCCCAUUUUUAGUUCUGGUUUUCACCAAUGUUCAUAAAUCAGAGCUUGCUGUUGGGGAAUCUACUUUGAGGUUGUAAAUACUUUAACUACGUGGUCUUGCUUGCAUUUGGCGUCGACCCAGUUGUACAUUUGCUGUUGGAUCUCAGUCAGCUGGCCAUUUCCCUACGUUGAAUUUGAAUCCAAUGAAAAUAUGAAGAGCUAGUUUGUUAUAUAUAUAUGUCCUGUUUGGAAUGUAUCAUGUGUCGAAGAGCAGGGAGUUUCAGGAUAUAUCACUCAGCCUGACAGCCUAGAAGUAAAAGAGCAUUGGAGGUUGCUGAUAGCAAGGAGCGCAAGGGACGAAUAGAACCUGGGGAGGAAGAAGAACAGUGGGGAGGAAGAAGAACAGUGGGGAGGAAUCUCAGAUGAGUGCUUGUUAGAGUUUAGAGUUUCACAAAUUUCUUAACGAUCCCUUCUCUCUCGCUCACACACGACACUCUUGGCUGAGCACCGCCAGGUUGGGUUUCCUGAACCUCUUGGGCCGCACUUCGACAGGCUGGGUCUGGGAGUCUUGCUCACUUGAGUCUACAGCGGAUCCUCCUGCUGAUGUGGAAGCUGACGAGUGACCUAGGCUGCUGACAGUUGCAGCCUUUGAGGAUAAAUCAACGUCGACGAGCAACAUCAGGCAGUGGAAAUCGACUAGCAGAAAAUCGCUGCCGUGGAAAACAUCGUCAUUACAACUGAAGUCUGAAGACAUUGUUCUGUAGGAUCAGCACAUGCUUUCUCCAGGAGAUGCCGUAGAAGUGUGUUAUGGCUCACGUAAUGGCGGCUGGGAUGAGAUGGACCAUUUGAAACAUUUUUGGUUGGCUUCCCAUUUGUUCUAAGUAUCUGAGAAUUUU